GGAAGGCGUAAUCGGCGAAGACAGGCACGAACAGCUCUGCUGCAGUCGGUUUGCCCGAGUAGGAAUUCGGUAUUUCGGUUCUUCCAAAUUUGUUUCGGAUGUUGCUUGAACUGCUUUUAGUCAAAAAUUAACUGCCUAAAAGUAUGCGUAUAAAUAUCGGUGCGAGGAAUGCAUUGGAACUUUUUUCGAUUUGGCUAAACUGAAAGUCAACUACUUUGUCAUCGGUUUUUUCUUUUCUGAUCGUUAUCGGUCUCCGUGUCGUAUUUUCGGAUCCGCGCGGAUCUCUCGUCCUCGUGUGCUCGGUUACAAUAGAUCUAGAUCUACUUUUUUAUUGUCAAUCGGUAGGUUUUUCUGUUCGUUUUUCCUUUUAUUUUUUCCUGCGAGUUUUAGGUGAACAUGAACUUGAGUCGACACGGAGACGAACAUCAUGGCGCUCAACCUUCAUGAGUGCUCUUCCUGCAAAUGGUGCCAGCUCUCUCUAGCACGAAGUAGUCACUCGUGACUUUUAUCAGCCCGUGUUGCGCACGUAUCUAUUCACAAGAAAGUUUAUUUUAAAUCAAGUAAGUAGUACCUAAACCCAUGUACAUGUAUCUAUCGCCUUCAUUUAAUUUCGAAUUCAAACCCAUUCGUAUGCACGAUGAAGAGUCAAAAACAAAAUCGACACCAAAUGCCAAUUGCAAUUGGCUUCUCGUUGACCUAUACGCUCUUGGCAAUUCCGAGUUGCACUGACGUGAACCCGAUCCCGGUGAUAACAUGUUGAUGCUUAUGUACUUGAUCGCGUCGACGGAUUAAACAGACAGUGUUCUUGUUGAGCGCUGUCUACUGCCGACGCCGACGCCUCUUUGCACCCCAUGAGCAGUAGUACACAGCAAGGGCCCAAAGCCGAGCCCUCUGUUGACACGACGACGACCCCGGGAGCGCUGGCUUCCUCGUCGGCAAGAAAGCAACACCAUUCCCACAGGGAUGUCGAGCAGAAGGGACCAGCAUCCUCACGUUCCCCCGGGCGAGCAUCGCCGCAGCAGCUUGUCAUUGAAAGUCCCGCGCACAAGCGCAGCGUAAGAGGAGUUGUUUUACCUUCGUCGCAGGAGAAGGACCACGUAGUGGGCGGGCAGGAACACCUCCACCAGCAGAACGCGCGGAGGCGGCAAGACAGUGCUGAGCAUCUUGCACAGCAGCAGCGGCUUGAGCCUCCUGAUGGCCAUCUUCAUCAAAUGAUGUUCACCAGCAGUGCAGCUGGCGAAAACAAGAACCUCCCUACGGAGCAGGAGGUUCUUAUGCUGGACCACAAAAAUUACAGCGGCCCGACAAGUCCCCCGUCGGACCGGUCUUCGCCAGUGAACGAGCAGCAGUCCGCACCCGCCUCUCCGCUUCACCCCAGCGUGGUAAACGUGAUGCGGUCCUACGCGGCCGCCGUCGCAGCGGAGCAGGGUGCAGUGACUGCUCCAAUUCCGCUCCGGGAGCCCUCGCCCGGAGGGAUGGGGAGGGUUCUCACGCCCCCGAACUACAGCAACCCGAGCUCGAAGGCGACUGUGGUCCAAGUCCUCGCCCCUAGUACAACAACUUCCAACUCGCUCGGCCUGCCGAAACCGAAGCGUCGAUCGCCAACGGCCAACAGCGACCCGCGGAGUCCGCAGGUCAUUUACCCAAAAACCCCGUCGCCCAUGACCCCGGACCUGGAACCUUUAUCCAGCAUGCAAGACGUCCGCGGUUUCGACUUUCUCGAGCACAGUGUGUCCAGCAAGCAAUCGGGUCUGGACCACAGCCGGUUGCCGUCGAGCGGCGGUCCUCGGCUGGAAUUAUCGCGGUACCUUCCAAAGGAGGUGAUAGCGCGGGCCCUGGAUCGGUCCGCCCGGGAUAUUCAGGCCUUGUACUGCAACUACGUCGCAAGAGCACUGGAAAUGACCGCAGAUGGAGGUGGUCGUGUUGCUAGCAGAGAGAGUUCUAACCCUGGGCCUGGGGCGGGGGCAUUACCAUCAGCGGGUGUCGAGUCCUCGCGGCCAAGCUCGCCCUCAAAUAACAGCAUGCACAUGACCGGACUAGACGACAGCGCUUCGAAGACAAGCGCCGGGGAGAUAAGCAGCAGCGAGCAGCCUACCACAGGUACUGUUAGUUUAUUUUACCAGCUGCUAAGCGUAAGUGAUCAUGACCUAGAGGAUCAUGUUUUGGAAUUUUCUACAGCUUGUCAUUUUUUAUGAGAUUUGCUAAGCCACCAGGAACAUACCUGUCGUUCCUUGUCCAUGAUCUUGUUUAUGUUUUUGUCUCUGCUUAGUCUAGAAUGAGUGCGUUUCCAAAAACAACUACAGAGAGCGUGCAGCGCGCCUUGGGUGGGAAAGUCCUCGACGUGGGUGCUGUUGUAAGUCGAAAUGUAGCGAAGGAGCUCCACCAGCACGUGGACGCCUGCGUUAUGAAAGUGCACAACUCGUGGUCCUCCUGCUCCCCCUCAUUAAUUUGUCAUGCAAAAUCUCAAAUGCAUUCCUUUUCCUAUCCCUGCCUUGUGUUGCUUUUGGUACUUCGCGCACGGUAACUUAUUUAGACAUUCAGAUUUGUGAAGCAGAACCUGUCAACAUUAAUGCUAGCUUUCGUGUGGCUGUAGACACGAAAGCUAAACCUCCACAGCUAAUGGUAAGAAUGGGGAGGACGAGUUGUCCACUCUCAUAUGCGUGCGCAAAGAGCGACAGAGCGCCUUUUCCAGUCUCUUGGGCGACAGCGUCUGGGCCACGGCUUCCGCGACGUGGACAGGCACAGGCGAGGAGAUGAUGAGAACCACAAACUCAAACCAUGCAGCGUUUGUUUCCGCAGCGAUGCCCGAGCUGCUUUUUCAUCCAAGUGGCGCUUCUUUUCCACAGCUCUUCCCGGCAGCAUUCGCAGGAGGAGACCUCAGUAGCGUUAACGCGACCGCCGGCCCACCUCCUGGCGGAGGCAACAUGGGGAUCGCACCGCCUAGUGGUGCCUUUUCUGCUGAUCAUAUGAUGCGACAGCCCCUCCUCGGCCCCGGCGGCCUGAUGGACCCGGCGUUUAUGGAUCCGCUGUUGCUACCAGCGCACUUCCCCGGUCUGCUCGGCGCAGCGGCCGGUGCUGGCGGAUCGCCUUUUCCGGCUGGAAACGGAAGUGAUGCACCCGGCGCCGGACUGCAAAAUGAAAAUCCAAACCUCGCAGCACCACUACCGGAGGCGUUGCAGAUGCAGAUGAUGCUGCUGGCAGGAGCGGCCGCCGGAGCAGAAGUAGGAGGCGUAGGUGGAACAACGACCACUCUUUUUGGUUCAUCUUCUCCGCCACCACCCGGCGCCAUGCCAGCGGCCAGCCAAUUUUUGAUGGCGCAGUAUUUAGCCGCGGUGCGGGAAGAGUCGACUGAAGAAAACAAAACGUCUUCCUCCAACGACAAAACGUAUUUGCACGCUGGGGCCUCGAGCGAAAAGUCCAGCCGCAGCGGGAAUGCCGGCGCCACGUCAACUUCGCGGCCUAGUGCCACGAGUGCCGGCGGGGAAUCCUUUCCUGGUUCUCCCAUAAUCCCCAACUCUCAAGUGGAUGAUCUUAUUUUACUGCAGGCACAACAUGAUCCGCAGAUGACGAGUGCAGCUACUUCUACCCAAGUAGGGAGUAAACCCAAAUCAACUAGCUCGGGAACUAAAAACAAAAAAGCGAAGAAGUCGGGUGCAGAAGCAGAGAAAAAAGAGCGGAAGCCGCGGCCUCCCGGACCGGAACGCUUUGAGGCACGAAAAUUUUUCUCCGCAUCCGCAUCGCAAAGCAGCAAGAGCGCCAGCAGUCAGGGCGACCCCCGCGACGGGGGGUCGUCAAGCGCGCAAUCGUCUCCCUUUGUCGAAGGCAGAGAGCUCGAUGGUCCUCUGGGGGACGAGCAAAAAAUGCUAGUACAAUCUCGAGCAGACCGAAUUGGGAAUACAGCAGCGGACGGAACGACCAGGAGUAGCUUCAAUACUGGGACAACAACGCCGAAAACAAGCACAAGUCUUUCCGCGACCCCGAAAACUGCGGCAGCUUCUCCGGCUCUGCCGGCAGCAUCUUCUACUUUACGUAGUCCUUCUAACAUCUUGAGCUACAACUAUUCGCCAGCAAUGCGGAGUGGGUCGUUUGGCACGGGUGGUGGUGCAGUCGCCGGAGCUGCACCGGGGGGCGGAACAACCACAAAUGUAGCACCUUCGUCUCCGACAACGUCCAAUCCGGCUUUCAGGCCACCUGAAAUUGCCCGCCGCCCUUCGCAUAAUGACAGCAACUACAACCCCACGACUCCGCCGCCCCCGCCCGCGGCGACGCUGUUGCAGCUUCCAAGCGGCGACUCGAGUCCCUCCGUGCGGCUAAAUCGCAGCGGCGGCCCGCUGAAAACUUGGGCGGACUAUACCAAUCAGAACGACGCGCCGAGCAAUGCGAAGACCAAGGGUUGCGUGCACUGGGAGACCACCGGCAAAUGCCGACUGGGGGACGCCUGUAAUUUCCUGCACUUGCCCGAGAGGCGCGGAUCCAUGAGCAAAAAGGCCGUGCAGAAGACGAAGCGGUUGGCCAGUCAGACGUCCUCGUCCGGCGGGGGCCUAUCGUCUCCGACGGCAGGAGGGGCAGCAAGCAGCAGCAGUUGGCAGAGAGGAGGGGGAAGUAGCUCGAGAAUGUGGGAGUGACAACAUUGUCGGGGCGGGAGGAGCGAUGGUAGCUAUAUUGAAGUCCAAGCUUUAGCUUUUGCAUUCGCUUUUGCUGUUAUAUAUUACAAUUGCUACUGCGCAUACCUGCUGCGAUUCAGGGUCAGGAGAGCAGACUUCGGAGCUCAAUAGAAGUUGAAGGCCGCGUCCUGUAUCGCACGACGAGGUCUCUCUCGGUGUCUGGCAACAUCUUGCUGCAAUCGGUUGAUAUGAUUGCUUUUCCAUUUGUGUACGAAUUUCCUGGCACAGUGACAGUUCACAACUACUUAAUAAAAACAAGAAGGAACUUACCUAGUAAAGGAGCUCCUGUGAAUCAUGUGAUGUGACGGUGAUUGGAAUUGCGUUAGAGGACAGAGUCCUCCUUCUUCAUGUUAAGUGCUUCAUUGGCCUAGUGCAACGCACAAGGAGUGGCCAUGUUGCCUUUUCUCUAU